AUGAGUCUCCCCCCUUCCCUUGCAGGGGCGCUGGUAUUCGCAGAUCAGGGGCCGCCCAUCGCCUUAAGGGCCCGCUACAUCCUCAUUCAGAAUGGCACCAUCUCGCUGUUCGGCCAGGCCACUGAGGGGCCGGAGGUGGAGAGCUACGGGAAGAAAUUCCUCGGGGUGGGCCGAGGGGGGACCCUGGAGUUACACGGCCGGAAGCCUCGCUCCUGGACUCUGCUGGACGCCACCUUGCACCCGGGCGGGCUUCCCUACGGUCCCUACCGCUCCGAGAAGCCUUGCAGCAGCCGAGGCCUCAACCUGCGCAUCAUUGAUGCAGACACAGCCCAGGUGGUGGCCGCCGCUCGCUUUGACACGCACCUGCUGGCCGAGGAGAGCAGGAGGCUGCGGGCGUUUCUGGCUGCGCAAGCCCCGGGCAGGGUGGUGGCAGCCGCAGUAGGAGACUCAGCAGCGAAGAGUUUGACUCUGGAGACCCGACUUCUCCUCAAGGAGCUUCUACGGAGCAGGUACAUCCUGCAUCUGGGCUACAGGCAGCCCUGGGCUCUGGUUGGGAUACUUGGUGGUGGUCAGUUUUCAACCACAGAAGAUAGAAAGCAGUAUCAAGUGAACGGAACAACUGGGCUAGCAAUAGCCAGAAGAGAUUUUCAGACCUAUGAAGGAAUCACUUUUAGAGUUACUGCUUUCAGUGGAUGGAUAAAAGGCAGCCCACUUUAUCUUCAUAUUGGGGAAGUAAUAGAUGGCAUAGACAUGAGGGCAGAAGUUGGUCUCCUGACUAGAAAUAUACUUAUUCAAGGAGAGAUGGAGGACUCUUGUUAUGGACAAAAUCAAUGCCACUUUUUCUCCUAUGACACAUUUGGAGGACAGAUUAAAAUCCAAAAGGAUUUUACCUCCGUUCACAUGUCAGGAGUGGAAUUAAAAAACAUGGGGCAGCAAAUAUUGGGCAGCUAUCCAGUUCACUUCCACUUGGCUGGAGAUGUGGAUGAGAAAGGAGGAUACGAAUCCCCUACUUACCUUGAUAAUCUGGCCAUACACCACUGUUUCUCUAGGUGUAUCGCUAUACAUGGCACACAUGGCCUUCUGGUGAAAGAUACUAUUGGCUAUGAUACUUUGGGACACUGUUUUUUUCUAGAAGAUGGGCUGGAGCAACGCAAUACGUUUUAUCACAAUUUGGGUCUCCUUACCAAGCCUGGAACAAUCUUGCCUUCUGAUCGCAAUGAAGCCAUGUGCCUCGCAAUGCGUAGCAAUGUCUAUGGGAAUUAUGUACCCAUACCAAGCACUGACUGCAUGGCUGUCAGCACAUUCUGGAUUGCUAACCCAAACAACAAUAUGAUAGAGAAUGCAGCAGCUGGUGCUCAGGAUGUUGGGAUAUGGUAUAUCUUUCACCGGGUUCCAACUGGACAGUCUGAGGGACAAUACCCAGAGGGACAGGCGGAGUUCACUCCAUUGGGGAUAUUUUACAACAACAGAGUUCAUUCUAAUUUCAAGGCUGGUUUGUUUAUUGGAAAAGGAGUAAAGACAACAAAAGCCAGUGCUGAAAAUCCUCGAGAGUACCUUACAGUAGAUAAUGCCAGGUUCCGCCCACAUCAGGAUGCUGACCCUGUAAAACCACGAGUUCCUGCCUUAAUUGAUGGCCUCAUCGCUUUUAAAAAUAAUGACCAUGGAGCCUGGGCCAGAGGUGGUGACAUUAUUUUCCGCAACUGUGGGUUUUCAGACAAUGGAAUUGGACUCACUUUAGCCAGUGAUGGAACUUUCCCAACAGAUGAGGGUUCUAGCAUGGAAGUUACACAUUCCAUCUUUAUUGGAGAAAGCAACAACAUUGGCUCCCAGGGAGGACAAAACAGCUACUGGGGAAGAGGGGCAAAUGGAGAAUAUAGAACACUACCCAGAAACAAGACGUUCCCAAUCCGUGGAUUCCAGAUCUAUGAUGGGCCUGUGAGGCUGAUGAAAUGCACUUUCAGAAAGUUUACCCCCACUGCAGACCGAUUCUCAAGUGCCAUUGGUUUUUUUAUGAAGAAUUCCUGGCAGAUGAGCCCGCAGAACAAUGUGUCGCAGAUCAGGAUGGAGAGAAGUGUUGGACUCAAGGUGUUUUUUGGCAGAUCAGGCCAGUGGUUUGGAGACAAUGAUAAUGAUGGUGACAAAGUUUCCGUUUUCCAUGAUCUGGAUGGUUCAGUGACAGGAUAUCCAGACACCUUCGUCGGCAGAGCAGACAACUACCUGCUUCGCCAUCCAGGUUGUCUUACGGUCCCACGAUGGAAUGGAAUGAUCUGUACUGGGAAAUAUGCGCAGCUUUAUAUUCAGGCCAGACGGCCUCAGAAUCUGACUUUGUCAAUUGCCAGAGCGACAUACCCUUCUCAUCCCCUGAGGCUGCAGGGAGUGAAUAGAGGAGUAGCAUACCAACAGUACCAACCUGUGGUGAUGCUCGAAGAGGCCUAUACUGUUCAGUGGGAUGGGAGAGCACCUGAGGAUGUCAUUCUGUACCCAAUCAACUUCAACAGAGGAGACUGGCUGCACAUUGCAUUAUGUUAUCCCAAGGAGGCAGUUUUCACCAUUGUGGCAGACAUCUAUCAGCGACAGACGGGGAGAGUGCACAGUGUAAAACACUAUCUAGCAGCCCCUGCCUGGACCAGCGUGCUCAACAGGACAGGCGAGCGGCUUUUCUACUUCAACAACACAUUGGGGUACCUCUUUGUCAUCCUCCAAGCUCAUGAAGAUCGAAAAGGGCACAGCUAUUGCUCUCAGCAAGGCUGCGAACGCAUUAAAAUCAUGGCACACAUGUCCUCAAAGGAUUCCUGGAGCUGUGCCCUUAACCCUUUCGUGGAGAAUAACCGGAGACAAGCUUCACUGCGCUUGAUGUCUCAGCGACUGACUGUGCCUUGCAGCCAGUGCGGUGCCCCUCAGGUUGCUAUCACUAGUAAACCCUCAGUCAAAUAUAUAAGAAUCCAGAUCCAGUCUGUCAGUAGAGCUGACACAGGGAAUUAUGUGAAGACCGCUUUCAUUAAGAUAAAUGAUGAAGUUUUCCUGUUCAAUAGCCGUGGAAUAUUCUUCCUGGUGCUAGAUGCGUGUUCAGGAGCAGUUGUGAGUAGUCAGCACUUUGACACAGUUAGUGCUGUAAAUGCUGGCAGUGCAAUAACCGAUUAUAUUCAAACAUCUAUAGAAGAGAGAUCAGUUGUUCUUGUGUGCUCUAAAGAUGGUUCAGAAAUUAUGGGAAGCUCUGAAAUGGCUGUUUUUACAAGGUUAGGUUCUGCAAAGCCUAUUGUCUUCCACAAAAAAGGGAGUUUUGCUAUGCUUGGAUAUAAAGGACAGACCAGACCCUCUUGGAUUAAAAUCCUUAACCAAGCUGCUAAUCAGGGAGCUGCUUUUCUACAGCAUUAUGUUCCCUUGAUGCUGAGAGAAUACAAAUGUUCAGCUAACGCAGCAGAGUUUUAGGAUUCUUUCUUUAUCUGAACC